AUGUUGCGGCGGAACUUGGCCUCCGUCUGUGUGGGCGUCAUUGGUGGCGGCGGCAACCACCUUUUGUCCUCUUCCACGUCACUCAUCAGUGCGCGGCGUGGAGUCUUCGCGGACAAGGCAAGAGCUGGCAUGAUAUUCCUGAUCGAUAAACGUUUCUACCGUGUGGUGGGCAACACCCGCUCGCAGAAGGGGCAGAACGCCGCCUCAUUCAACAUCAAACUCGUUGAGGUGGGCACUGGGCGCAAGAAGGAGGUGACGGCGGGACAGGGGCAUGACUUUGCACAGGUCCGGGCGGAGCGGGUGCGGCUCCUCUUCAGCGGGUUUGACGAUGACGACAUGGCCUGCUUUGUUUACCCGGAGCACACCGCUGAUGCGGGGAAGGAGGUGAACAUCCCCGGCGACUCCCUGCCUGAGUUGCAGCAGAAGUUUCUUUCCUGCGCCAUGCCUGUUGAUGUCCUCCACAUCGUCCCUGACGAAGACGACGUGCCCAACGCGAAGGACAUCUGGGCAGAGGUGGUGAUGCCGUCCAGCUACACAUACACUGUCGAGAAGAUCUCGUUGAAGGGAAUGUACAAGAUGGCCUCCUUCAAGGAGUGUGACGGCCUCGUCAGCGUCAACGAGUCGGUGCAGGUAAAUGACAAGGUGAAGGUGAUGAUGAAGCCGGACGGCACGGCCGCGUUUGGUGGACGAGUCUCUUGA